ACAUGCAGUUUAUUAUAAAUAACUGGAAGUCUCGCGUUGGAGGCCCGGUGGAUGCUAGCGCAUUCCUGAAAUCCCUGCGUUCACCUCGUUCACUAGCCAAAGAAAAAGAAAUGCUGAUCGAUUUGUUCGACGACUGGGAUGUUCUUACCAAUACUUGGUUUGAGGUAGCGGAUUGCGCCAGCUUUAUUGAGGAACUUUCCGAGAACAAAGACUUUCCAGCUAGGCAAAAGGCUGCGUUGCUGGCGUCAAAAGUGGCAUUUUGCUUGGAGGACUACGAAAAUGCAUUGAACUUCGCUUUGGCUGCCGAUACUCAUUUCAAACUAACUCCAAGGCCUAAAUCUAAAACUGUUGGAGAUAAGGAUGAUGAGUACGUCAACAAAAUUAUCGAGAUUGCUAUUGAUUCUUACAAACGGAUCAAAAAUAAGGCAGAAAAGAUGGACCACCGUUUGGAAGCGCUGAUCAACAGGAUCUUCCAAAGAAAUCUUGAAAAGAAUGAGCUACUCUAUGUUAUUGGACUCGCGCUAGAUACUCGUCGCAUCGAUAUGGUUGAGAAAGCAAUCACAAAGAGCACUGAAUCACAUGGCACGUUCAUUCCAUCCAUUUCCCUUUCUUUGUUCUGUAAUCUGGCAGUUUUGCUGUUGGAAACUAUACAGAAGGUCACUAGUGCCAAAAUGGACGUGCAGCUGCGCACUCAGUUACUCGACGUCCUCGUAAAAUUAUUCACUAGCAAUAAGCAUGCUGAUUUUGUCGCUAUAUGCCAGUGCCUCAUCAAAUUGAACCGACCGGAGGAUAUUGGCAGACUUCUCGAUAGGCUCAUGGCUCAUGCGAAUGGUGAUCUCAUCGCAUAUCAAAUAGCCUUCGAUUUGUACGAAAAUGCUUCUCAGCAAUUCAACACACAAGUUUUGAAUACUUAUGCUAGUUUUCACCAACCAUCCCCAAGGUUGGUUUCUGAAAAUUCUUUUAAAGCGAUUUCGAAUCAUAAUACAAUUUUGGAACCAAUGACUGUCGUGCAUAAUUCAACGAAGUUAUCAUGUAUUCCUUGUAGCACUCCGACGUCGGCUCCAAUGGCGCGUUUGAAGGCGAUUCUACGCGGUGAAGAGACUGUAAAGCAUCACAUGCAGUUCCUCAUCAAAAACAACCACACAGAUAUGUUAAUUUUGAAGGAAAUGAAGGAUUGUGUGAGAACGGCUACAGCACACAACGCUACUUUGAUGGCGAACGGUCUGAUGCAUCUAGGCACAACAUGUGAUGAUUUUUUGCGAGACAAUCUCGACUGGAUUAGCAAAGCUACAAACUGGAACAAAUUUAAUGCUGUAGCAACUUUGGGACUGAUUCACAAGGGUCAUGAAUCGGCAGCGAUGAAACUGCUCGACCCGUAUCUUCCCAAAACUGAGCCUGAUCAAUACGGAUUCAAGGAAGGCGGUUCACUGUUCGCCCUGGGUCUCAUUCACGCAAACCACGGGACGGCGGAAUGUGUGAAAUACCUUCGGGAGCAGCUGUCGGCCGCGCAGACGUCAGCAGUUCGUCAUGGAGCAUGUCUUGGGCUAGGACUAGCCGCUAUGGGAACACAAAACCAAGAUGUAUACCUACAACUUCGUGACGCUCUCUAUCUGGAUGACGCUGUUUCGGGAGAGGCAGCUGGGCUGGCAAUGGGGCUUGUUAUGCUGCGUUCCAAGAUAUGGUGCAGUAUACGUGCGACACUCAGCACGACAAGAUUCAACGUGGAUUACGUACUGGAAUCUCCCUGCUGGCCUAUGGUGGCCACGGACCCUAAUAACGAUGUAAAAAGAUUCGCUGUGAUGGGCAUUGGGUUCCUGUUGAGCAACAACCCUGCCAUCUGUAAAGAUUAUGUUGGCAUGCUUGUCGAGCAUUUUAAUAGUCAUGUUCGUUACGGUGCUGCUAUGGCUUUAGGAAUUGCUUGCGCUGGUACAGGAUACAAGGAAGCGAUAUCUUUGCUCGAACCCUUACUUUCUGCGAAAGAAAACUACGUUCGUCAAGGAGCUGUUAUUGCACUUUCAUUUAUCUAUGUGCAGCAGACUGACGUCGGUUGUCCAAAGGUUGGCGAAUUCCGCAAGCAGCUAACAAAAAUGACCACAGAGAAGGGUGAAGAUUCAAUGGCUAAAUUCGGAGCGAUCAUUGCACAGGGUAUUCUCGAUGUUGGUGGGCGUAACAUGACAAUCGCACUGCACAAUCGUUCCGGCACUAUCGACAUGGGUGGUGUAGUUGGUAUGAUGGCGUUCCAGCAGUUCUGGUAUUGGCACUCAAUGGUUCCCUUCAUUUCCUUGGCAUGUAAGCCAACGUGUCUGAUUGCGCUUACGAAGCAGCUGCAGAUGCCUAAGAUCGAAUUCAAAUGUAAUGCUCGAGCUUCACUAUUCGCCUACCCUCCACCUCUUGAGUCGAAGAAGAAAGAAGAGCAUGAAAAGGUAGAAACCGCCGUUCUCUCUAUCACCCACAAGAAGAAACCGGCUAAGAAAGGUGAAGAGAAGAUGGAAGUUGAUGAGGAACCAAAACCAGCGAAGGAAGAAGAGAAGUACAAACCUGUGAAGUCAAUCACUUACGGCGGCAUAAUCAUGUUACUCGAUAGAACACCAGAUCAGAAAGCAGAGCUAGUGGUUCAGGCUGUAGCCGGUGGCACAACACUAGAUCCUGCUGCUCCCGAAAAACAACCGCACUCUACGUUCGAGAUAGAUCUCAAGGACUACUGA